AUGACGAGUUACUGCGAACACGAGAGGCUCCGUAGGAAGAGUCACGGGUGGAGAAGUCUGCUACACCCGUCUGUCUUGGGCGCUUAUCUAGCAGUUUCCAGGCGCAUCAUUGUAGGCCCGAUUGUGCUGCUGUUGCUGUUCGCCGCCACUAACUACCUCUCGCCCGACGCCACGUUCCUCAUCACGUCCGACAACAGCAUCUUCGCUUUCACCGAGAAAGAUUUGUCCAUGGCUGGCGGCGGCUGUACAGAUUGUCUGGGUACAUGCAAGAUCGUGUUAUUGACGUAUGCGAUGUACAACAGAGUGGCUCUCACGAGUGCACCUCCGUUCACAGCGUUCACUGCCAGUGCUGGACACGUCACCACUCUCAAUCUCAGUAUCCCGCAGCAGACAAAGAGAGAACUUGAACUGGGCAUUGAACGAGCUAAGGACUGCGUCACUACAUGGAGUAUCAUAGCGAUUUCUCGACUGUUUUUAUUCCCGAUCACUUCAAACAGCACCGAGUUUGGCAAAAUCCCCGCUGUGGCCAUCAUAAUCGCCCACGAUGUGACUGAAUGUCGCCCAGACGUCCCCACGGAUGAGAGUCUUCUCGGUUCGAAGCUGGCUCUUGCUAUGGAUGGCUGGGACUUGCUGGCGGACGUUCCCGAGGCGCUCACUUUGUUUCCGUACUAUGACUCCGAUCUCGCGUGUGGUCAAAGCCGGCGAGGAGACGAAGUACAAAGUUGA